AUGCACAGAACCCCUCGCCUGACACUUCCAGAGGACGGGAACCAUGGGCCAGUACCACGCCCAAGAACUCCCCACCAGCCUUCCCCUGGGUCCACACUGGAGACCAUCAUCAAUUCGCUAGAAACGAAAUAUAGGCUGGGCCUAUCGAAUCGUGGCGAGACAUGGUCCCCCAGCAAAAAAACCAAUUCCGGGGCCGAUAAGGUGUACGGCAAGAUCAAGUUCUGCUUCUUUUCGUUUCCAGGCGCACUUGAUCAGAUAUUAGAUAAGUUCGAGUCACAGGCGCCACACCCUACCAAUCCAGGAGAAAGGCUUCAGCGGCUCAACAAGCUUCUAAACGAGCAAAUACCGUCACCACGGACUGGCUCUCAAACUCCUCGUGGCAAGCCUCACACACCCCUCUGUUCACCUCUCUGUAAGUCCAACCAACUACCUCAAGCGUCACAUCCAUCGCCCCUCUUUCAACACGCAGAGCCUGAGUCAGAAUACGUCACAGCACCCCAAAGCGGCUCAGCAACGGAUGAAGACGAAGAUGAUUUUGAAACGCCACCGUCCCCAAUUACCGAGUCUAAAGCUGCACAACGUCGGAUUCAAGCCAGCCCUCGAGUAUCAUCAAGCUCGGCCAUGAAUAAACGGCCGUCGGACAGCUCUAAAGAUGGUGAGAGUUCCCCCAAAUUCUCAAGGACUUCAAGAGGCAAACAGCCUCACGGUCAACCACUAUCUCCAGUAGACCGCCGACUCCAUGGUUCUUCAUCCAAUGGCGUAUUUAAGAAACCAUCCAUCGAAUUGUUGCGGUCAUUCCAGUCGACCGCCCCGUCAGCAACAACCUCAUUUGGGUUUUCUCAGCAAUCUGCUACGCAACCUGACACAGCAAAUACCUCCUUUGCGUCAGAGGCUGCUGGUAACGAUAGUACAUAUCAAAAGUUGACGAGGGCGAGCCCAACAACCAUGGGAUCCCUAGGCGACCAAGAGUUGGUGGCAGGGUCGUCGAAGCCUGUGAUAGAAGAUCAAGCACAAUCUAUAGAAGCCACAAGACAGAGCUCUUCGUAUGGAUCUGUAGAUGUGGAUGAGCUCGUCACUACGUCCAUGAGCUGUGAAGAAUAUGAGACAAUCAGAAACCCAUCUGCCCGCCGGAUGUCUGGCUUGUUUCCGACUGAAUCCUUUGUGUAUUCGGAAAAAACCUCGAGUUUACAUCAGUCCCCAGUCCGACUGAGUCAUUACAUUCGGGACAUACCCCACCAGCAUCUUUUCGUGGAAGACGCAACGGAAGACCUGAAGCGUUUGCCAUACUUCAUACUGUUCAUUUGCCUCCGAAUUACCCAAGAAAAUAGCAUUUCUUUACAAGAUUUAACACGUCAUAUUGGAUCAGAAUAUUCAGACUACGAGAACUUUUGGCAUUCGGUGAAGAGUCACCCAGAAUCCCUGAACGUGCGCACCCGAGACCCAAUAAAAGUGUGGGAGGCACCCAAGAGGAAAUUUGAGAGGUACACUUUUAAAGCACGUGUCGUGUUCAACAAUCGCCGAUCUGGCCCCGUCUUUAACCUGGAACUCUUGCCUCUGCUAGCAGAGAAGCCUUGCCGUUUGCAACGUGCCUUUGGCUCUGACCGCUUCUUAUAUCUCACCUUUCCCUCAUUUGAGUCGGGGCCUAGUUCACAACGUUUCCGCGGAGCCGAAAUGAUCCAGAUACGAGAGCAGUGGAAGUUAUGGUACAUGGCCGAGCAUUCUUUCUUAGGUCGAAAGUGGAGGGCCUUCCAUGUUGAGGACUCCAAAGUAGGGAGACGCAAAAUGUCUCGCCGAGACGACGAAGACAGCUACGGGAAGCGUGUCGUUCUCUUUGCCACCGAGGGAAAUGAUAUUGAACGUUGUAGCAUCGGGACGAUGAUGAACUGGUUCUUCCCUUUCGCAGGUGAUCAGAAUCAGAAGCAAAGCUUCUGUAAAGCAUAUGCUCGCUUAGACCUAGCGCUAUCAAAAACAGAACCAACGCUGGUUUUUGAGCCUGCCCAGGUUCGUUAUAUAUCCGACCAGGUAGCCGACGGCAGCCCUGAGGACUCAAGGUUCAACGAUCCUGCUCUUGUGUGGGAAAAAUGCACAGAAAAGCCCGUCAUGAAUGACGGUUGCUCCCAGAUCUCUGUUGGCGCUGCACAUGCGAUCUGGAAAAUUUACAAAAAGAGAAACGGUAUUAAUGGGCCUUUACCAAGCACAUUUCAAGGACGGAUUGGAGGCGCUAAGGGUGUGUGGAUGAUCAGCGCGGAAUCGUACACCAAAGAUCCUGAUCAUCUUGAUAUAUGGAUACAAAUCAACGACAGCCAGUUGAAGUUUAUACCUCACGCUGAUGAUUGGUUUUUCGAAUCAUACAAUCAGUUACGACUCACCUUUGAGUUAGUCAACUUCAGCUCCCCUCCAACACCUUCCGAUCUGCAUAUCUCCUUCAUCCCGAUAAUGGUGGAUAGAGGUGUACCAAUAGGUGUAAUUGCAAAGCUUACAGAAUCGCGGCUUAGUUUUGAGAGGGAACAGCUCUUGGAGAUACUUUCCGAUCCAGUCAGGGUGUAUGAUUGGGUCCAUAAACAAGGCGGCUCAGGACUUCGUGACGUCGACACCAUCAGAUGGCAGGCGUCCUUACCGCAAUCGUUAGACGAAAAAGUCAAGUUUCUACUCCAGAGCGGAUUUUCCCCAAUUGAGUCUUCUUAUCUCUCAAAAUGUCUGCUAAGGUUCAUCGAGAGACGACAACUUCAAAGAGAGAAGAAGCUCCGGAUACCUCUGGGGAAGACAACAUAUCUCUUCGGCAUUGCGGAUCCUCUCGGUGUACUCUCUCCGGGCGAGGUCCAUGUUCAGUUCUCAGCUACGUUCACAGAUGAAUCCACAGACGAAAGUUACCUUCGCCUCGACAACAUGGACGUCUUAGCGGCCAGGCAGCCCGCCUGUCGACGGUCCGAUAUCCAGAAGGUUCGUGCCGUUGUCCACUCUAAAUUGACACAUCUUGUCGAUGUCGUGGUAUUUCCGACUAGAGGCCAAUAUCCGCUGGCUGGUAAACUACAAGGUGGUGACUAUGACGGGGACAUGUUCUGGCUCUGUUGGGACCCCGCCCUUGUGGUGCAAUUCAAAAACGCUCCAGCUCCAUUGAAAGCUCUAGAGUCGGCUAAGUACGGUAUUAAGACCGAUCAAAGGAAGUUGUCUCAAAUUAUGAAUGUGCACGAGCCGUCCACGGUGGACAACUUACUCAAAGAAGUUUUGGAAUUUCGCACUAGUCGUGAUCUCCUUGGUAUCGUCACCAACUACCUUGAGAAACAGGCUUAUGCAGAGAAUCGGGUAUAUUCAGGAACCCUUGACAGCCUGUGCGACAUUCAUGACCUACUCGUUGACGCCCCGAAACAAGGGUAUAGAUUCAACGAAAAGGAAUUUCGAGAAUUUACAAAAAGAUUUGGCUUGCCCGCAAAUCCGGAGUUGCCUAUUUAUAAGGCGGCCAUGGAGAAGUGCGAACAGGGGCUGGAAAUGGGAGAGGUAGACAGUGCAAGAAAUCAGCAGUGGCUAUUCAACCGCAACAACGUGCUCGACUACCUAUAUUUCGAGGUCGUACGCAAGCACAACAACAAAACCUUAAACCUUGUAAGAGAUAAACUUUCCAAUGCCCAGAAAAAUGAUGAGGUAUUACAGUAUCCCUACCUCUGGCUUCGAGAGAAACAUAUACCCAUCAUUGACCAAGAGCUGGAUGUAUUGGUACGGAGCAUAGAGGGUAAUUUCCGGCAAUGGAAUGGUAGAAUGCACCACGACCUUACCUCGAACCAGUAUAACGAUGCCGUUGACGAAUGCUUUAAGAAGUUCCUAGCAAUCAUGCCAACAAAUAUCCGGGAUCCAGAGAUUCAGCCAUGGUUAGAGCCAUAUUUAUAUAAAGACUUCACCCUGUGGGAAACAAUUCGGGCAUCUGCAUUAUAUGCGACAUAUCCAUAUCCUGAAAAGGCGCCUUUCGUCUUUCACAUGGCCGGAAAACAACUUGCAAAGCUAAAGGCUGAUCCACUUCCUGGAACUAGGUCUGUUACCUUGUCUAUCCUUAUCAACAUGAAGCCGAAACCGAUCCGAGUACCAGUUCAACUGGAAGACAGCAACAGUGAGGACGACUUCGAAACGGCCAAUCAAGACGAGGUUUGACUUAGUAUGUCUGUUAUCUAAACUUGAGAUGAUUUCUUCAGAGCUCAGUUGACCGGGGACAUUCGAACCCAAUGCUUUCUUAGAACCUAUCAAGAAUUUAACCAACCGACGG